AUGGAAGUGACUAGUGCUGUUCAUUCCGUUGGGUUUCUGCAUUUGCAAACACACCUUCAAAGGCUUAACAGUAGAGAAUUCUUCCUCUCCACAAGACCAAGGAGAGUGCAGGUUCCUCUUCCUUGUUAUAUCCACCAUCAUCCAAACUACUUAAGUAAUGCCAAAGGUGGUUGUAGUCAAAGAACCAGUCUCAUAAUCAACUCCACUUCUGCUACUUCCACAGCAACCUCUGCUGCUGAGGGGUCCCUCUCUGAGGUGGAAAAGAUAAAGCAGAGGUGUCUUACAUGGCAGUGGAAGGGUCAAUAUUCCAUCAACUACUUUGUUUCUUCUGAUUCUCCGCAGCAGUUGCAUGCCAACCACCCUCCCCUCUUACUUGUUCAUGGCUUUGGUGCCUCCAUUCCUCACUGGCGCAGGAAUAUCAAGACACUAGCCCAGAAUUAUACUGUGUAUGCUAUUGAUCUUCUCGGUUUUGGGGCUUCAGAUAAGCCUCCAGGCUUUCAAUAUACCAUGGAAACUUGGGCUCAGUUGAUCUUGGAUUUCAUGAAUGAAGUUAUUCAGAAGCCAACAGUACUAAUAGGAAACUCUGUUGGAAGUCUGGCCUGUCUCAUUGCUGCCUCAGAUUCAAGCCAAACACUUGUUAGAGGCAUUGUGCUGUUAAAUUGUGCUGGUGGUAUGAACAACAAAGCAAUUGUUGAUGACUGGAGGAUCAAGUUACUAUUACCCUUGCUUUGGCUGAUUGAUUUUCUACUCAAGCAAAAGGGAAUUGCCUCAGCACUUUUUGAGCGUGUCAAGCAAAGAGAGAAUUUAAGAAACGUUUUGAGUUCAGUGUAUGGAAAUAAGGAGUCUGCGGAUGAAGAACUGGUGGAGAUCAUUAGGGAACCAGCUAAUGCUCCAGGGGCCUUAGAUGCAUUUGUGUCCAUUGUAACGGGGCCACCAGGGCCCAAUCCGGUGGUGUUGAUGCCAAAAAUAUCCUUGCCUGUUUUACUUCUGUGGGGAGAUGAAGAUCCCUUCACUCCAAUUGAUGGACCUGUUGGCAAGUACUUUUCUUCACUGCCUUCUCAACAAGAAAAUGUUGAACUCUUCUUACUUGAAGGUGUUGGACAUUGUCCCCAUGACGACAGGCCUGACUUAGUACAUGAAAAAUUGCUUCCCUGGUUGGCCAGUCUUCCAAAUUCAGACUAA